AACGCUCCAUACUAUUUACUACACUACAUACUUUAUACAUAUCACCAUGUCCGAUAACCCCAACCCUGGUAAUUUCGCCAACCGACCUCAGGAGGAGGUCGAGAAUAUUGCUCGGAAGGGUGGGCAGUCUAGCCACCAGGGCGGAUUUGCUUCGAUGGAUCCCAACAAGCAGAGGAACAUUGCCUCGGAAGGCGGUCACGCUUCAAGUGGAAGCUUCCAGCCUGGAGACGAGAGAGCCAAGGAAGCAGGCCGAAAGGGAGGUCAAUCAUCCGGGCAGCCGGAUGAAUAGGGUGAUCUUAUCCUCAUCGUGAAGGCAUAUUGCUAUCACGACUCACAAGCUGCUAGCC